UUCCGGAUUUUCUGCGGCUACUCUGAACUUUUCUCCGGGCAUGAGGAGAGAAGUUUAAACUGGGGAAAACGUGGACUAGCUCCACUUAUUUUAAUAAACUUUGAGACCACCAGAAGACGGGGUUGGGACUCUAUGAUUCGACCGAAAACGACGAUAUUGAUUAAUUCACCGCUAAUUUCUAAAACAUGGAGGACCCAAACAGACCUCAGCGGAAAAUGUCAACAGCGGGAGAGAGCUUGUACAAAGUCCUGGGCCUGGAGAAAGGAGCGUCUCCAGAGGAAAUAAAAAAAGCAUACAGGAAAUUGGCCUUGAGGCAUCACCCUGACAAGAACCCAGACAACCCAGAAGCUGCUGAGAAAUUCAAGGAGAUCAACAACGCCAACGCCACCCUCAGUGAUGAGAACAAACGGAAAAUCUAUGAUGAGUAUGGAUCCAUGGGGCUCUACAUUGCGGAGCAGUUUGGGGACGAGAGUGUCAAAUACUACUUCCUCAUGUCCAAGUGCUGGUUCAAGGCACUUGUGGUGUGCUGUGGUAUUUUCACCUGCUGCUGCUGUUUCUGCUGCUGCUGUUUCUGCUGUGGGAAGUGCAAAUCACCAGAGGAUGAACAUUUUGCCUAUGUGGACCCUGAAGACCUGGAGGCAGAGAUCAGAGAACAGGAUGCUGCAGGAGACCAUGUAGUAAAUAUUCAGCCGAGCCCUUGUGCUGCCACUCACAAACCAGGUGAGAGCGCACCGAUUGUGAUUCAGCCUCAUGCAACCAACGGCACCUCAAGUCAGCAGGGGAAUAAAUGAAUGAGUGAGUCCUGCGGAUUCUGGCCUGUGUCGUAAACGUGGGUCAUCAUCAGUGGCUGUGUUGAUUCUUUUAAAGUGCUUAAUCAAGACUAUAAAUACAGUUUCUGUGUUUGAAUGUGCUUGUUGUUGUCAGAGACUGGCUGACAUGCAGAAAACAUCUUGACCUCAGAAUGAUACUGUAUGUGUUUACAUGAAUCUAGCAGCGGUUUGAUCGUGCCAGUGGGUUUGUCUUAAAUCCAAACUCAUUUUUUUUAUAUUUACCAAGGUCUAGAAUAACCGUUCUUCUUGUGCACUUUACAAAUGUAACUUCAUAUUUAAAUGCUGCCACAAUGAUUGUGAGAUCAUGGGUCAGAAAUGUUUGUUUUUAAUGGACCGAUUUGUGCUUCUCAGAUUGUUAGGGGCCCUGUGGUUUACAGGUGUUCAGUCCCACGGCACAUAGAAACAUGAAGGAUGCAGUUUUGCAUUCAGAUUCCACAAAUGUACAGUCUUGACUGGGGUCAACAGUGUCUGUCCCUCGUUUGGCUGAGAGCCUGUAAAUAGCCCAUUGAGCAUUAAUGUAAUGGUGAUGGCCAUUUAACGAAUAAUUCACCAUUUAGGGAGACUUUGUUCUCCGAGUUAGGUGAGAGUAUCAACAUCAAGCUGAUGUCCCUUCACGUCCUGUGGGAUGGAUGGCAGUGAUGGGGAAAAUUCUCACAGUCUGACUUCACAAUUUUGGACAAAGCUGUUUGGUUGCAGAGUUGGCAGCAUGAAGCUUCUUUAAACUGGAUUUAAUCACCUUUAACAAAAGACGUGAGCUGAUGUGAAGCAUCUGGUUUUCAUGUUAUUACUCAUUACAGUUGGAUAUAAAUCCAGAGUUUGUUCUGUAGUUACGAAUUUGUUCGACUUCAACAGUUCUGACAAGUUGGAAACUCAUCAUGAAUAAUUCCGACAUACUGUGAAUGUGUCGGUAGGAGUGGAGUUCUGGUCAGGAGGUGAUUAGCCUAGUUUAGCAUAAAGAAUGAAAGCAGGAGGAAACGACUAGCCUGGCUCUUUCCAUGGUUGAAAGGUCAGCAUCUGACUCUCCGGAGUCUUUCGUCACUGUAAAGUUGAGCCGACACUGUGCGAUUUUUAUUGAUUGCAUAGUGGUAACUCUCAGAACACGUUUUGAUCGGCCUCUCUGUACAGCCAGAACGUUUAACUUGACUGGAACAGUUACAGAAGCCAAAGUCGGCUGCGCUCAGUGACUGUUCCAGUAAAGUUAAUUCAGACAAGAAGGCUGUAGUCAGUGUAGUCAAAGGAGGGUAAAUCUCAUUGUCCUUAAUUGCAUCCAUGUUCUCCUCACUUGUCUUUUCCUUGUCUUCUGUCAAAAUUUCAAACGUCAGAAAUCCAGCUGAUCGCCUGAGAGCCAGAUGAUUAAUCAGACACCUCAAACUGCAUGAUGUGGUGACACAUUUGGUGCUAAACUCAAGCUGCAUGCAUAUAGUGUUUGCCCAGAUUCAGUUUGUAGGCCUUAGAGAUCUUGGUGGACACACUUUACCUUUUGACAGAGCCAGGCUAGCUGUUUCCCUCUGUUUCCAGUCUUUAUGCUAAGCUAAGCUAAUCACCUCCAGGCUGUAGCCUCACAUUUACCAAACAGAGAUGAGCGGUAUCGAUUCUCUCACCUCACUCGUAGAAAGAAAGCAAACAAACUACUUAAAGACAGACUAGUGGAACUAUCAGUUCGCUGCACAUUGUGUGACCUUGGGACAAAAUUACAACAAUUACAAUUUUUUUUUUAGGUACAAAUAAUGGUCACGUUAAUUGUUUGAACCUUUUCUACACUUGAACAAAUGGUGAACUGCCAGAUUUAACAACAGGAUAACUUUAUGAUUCAGUUUUUUUUGCCAAAUCUUCCUGAUUUCCACGUUGAACCUGGUGACAAGAUCCUAGAUGUAUCAAGGUUUUUUUUAAAGAUUUAUUAUGCAGGAAGCAUGUUUUUAUGUAAAUUCAGAGUUAUAUUUGUGAUUGGAAUUUCUAGAACACAUUGGAUGUAUAUUAAGAUAAUUCUGAUCUUUCAUCAUGUCUAUAUUGUACUGUGGUUUGUAUUUCACUGGGCUGUGUUUGUAUCUCACCAUAAUGCUAUGUGCCUGAAUACAAAGUGCCUGAAUACAAUUUGUUGGGACGAAGUGGGUUUACUUUUUCAAGUUUAUUUGGGUAAAAUAUUACCAAACACAAUUUGUAUAUCUCAGCAUUCCCAGGUAUUUUACUGUUCUUUUUUUUCCCUUUGUUUCCAAGUUGUUUCU